CCCCACUUCGGUUGCGUAUCGCGCCGCUCACAGCAGCGGAGCUCCGUGAAGCUGCAGAUCCGGCUGGAUGUGUGUGUGCGCUCCUGGAUACACAGAAAACACACACUCCUGUCCUGCUCUUACCUGGAUAUAUGUGUGUGUAUGUGUGUGUGUUUGUGUGUGUGUGUGGUGAAUUAUUGCACCUGAGCUGGGGCAUGUAGUCCGCCGGGUUCCUGGGCGUGUUUAGGACGAGUCUACUUGUUUUGUCGUGGGAAUUUACUGUUGAACUAAAACUUCAGCUGUGACUGCGCAGCUUCAAUUUCACCCCCCAGCUUCACUCGUUUCCUCACAUCAGGAUGUAAAUUUGGGAACUUUUAUUUUGAUUUUUUUUAAAGCACCAUCUGUACGCGGAGGACUACUUUCAUUUUACAACUUUUUUAUUCGGAAUACAGACACAUACAACUCGGCUGUACGGGGAAGGAGGAGGAUCAAUCCAGAGGAGGGCUAAGAGAAAGAGGAGAGAGAGAGAGGGCGGUUCAUGUCAUCAGAGGUCAACCGGCCUGAAAUCUGAAAAGGAGGUCGAGGAGGUUGAUGUCAUCACAGAUCAGCAGGCCUGAACUCUGAGCAGCCAGACAUGAUGGAGCGGAGGUGGGCGUGGCUAUUCUCCCUGGUCGCCAUGGCAACCGUUUGCCUCAGCCCCACCCAGAGUAAAAACGCCGAGUUCCCCUCGGACAACCUGAUCAACAACGUGGUGUCCGAUCCCCACACGGGCCGGCUGUACGUCGGCGCUGUCAACUUCCUCUACCAGCUGAGCCCCGAUCUGGUCGUGGAGUCCCGCACGGAGACGGGCCCGAAGCGGGACAACCGGCAGUGCACGCCGCCCGUCACGGACGCGUGCGAAGAGGCCGUGGACACGGACAACCACAACAAGCUGCUGCUGGUCCACAGGUCGAGGGACGUCCUGGUGGUGUGCGGCAGCGUCUUCAGAGGAAUCUGCUCCCUGAGGAACCUGAGCAACGUGGAGCAGCUGCUGUACUUCAGCGACACCAAAGGGGAGAAGUCGUACGUGGCGAGCGCAGAGGAGAGCGUCUCGGUGGUGGGAGUGAUGUCAUACUUCACCAAGGACAGAGACAACUUCACCGUGUUCCUGGUCGGUAAAGGAUACGGCAGCCACGACAGCACCAAGCUCAUCUCCACCCGCAUCCUCCAGGACUACGGCGAUUGGGUGGUUUUCGACAGCAUCAUCGAGGCCUCGGCGGUCCAGGCCAACCCCUUCGUCCUGCGAUACCUCCACGACUUCCGCUUCGCCUUCAAAGAUGGCGGCUUCGUGUACUUCCUGUUCUCGCGGACGCUGGGGGUUCAGGACACCAAGAACUUCACCUUCAUCUCCCGGAUGUGCGAGGACGACCAGGGCUACUACUCGUACACCGAGCUGCAGCUCAACUGUAGCAGCAACAACAAGUACAACAAAGCUCAGGCUGCCUAUGUAGCAUCACCGGGUGAAGUUUUGGCUGAAAGUAUGACCAGAUCAAACCAGUACGGACCAGUUUCAGCCUCUGACAAGGUCCUGUUUGUAACCUUCACUUCUGAUGAGGACCCGUCUACUUCAGCCAUGUGUAUGUACCCUCUGCGCUCCAUCAAUAAGAAGCUGGUGGAGAUUAUCGGCGCCUGCUACAGCGACCACGGCAUCAUCAACAGGAGAUCUGCCGUCUACUCGCCGUACUCCUCCAAGUCUGAGGAGCUGUGCAGCAACAGUAACCAGAACAACAUGGUACAAAGAUACAACUGUGGAGCCGAGUUCCUGCCCUCCCCGCUGGCCAGCAAGGCCGAGUUCGCCUUGAAAGACGAGAGCCCAUUGGUCACGAAGGGUCACAUGACUGCUGUGGCUGUUGCCGUGGAGAUGGGGCACGCUGUGGCAUUCCUGGGCACCGCGAGUGGAGAGGUGCUGAAGGUUCAUCUGUCGGCUAAUCCGGAGGUGUACGGUCGGGCGUCUGGAGAAGUCAUCGGAGACAAGGUCAACAAGAACCUGCUGUUCGAUUCCAGCCAGCAACACCUGUACAUCACCAUGGAGAAGAAGAUCACAAAAGUUCCCGUCCAGGCCUGCCACCUGAAGACAGACUGCCUAUCCUGCGUCUCGAUGAAGGAUCCGUACUGCGGUUGGUGUGUCCUGGAGGGAAAGUGCACCAGGAAGCAGGAGUGUAACAGGUCGAUGGAGGAGAACACCUGGCUGUGGUCGCCCAAUCAGCAGUGUGUUAAGAUCCAGGCUUAUGACCCGCCCAACCUGAGCUGUAAGAAGACUCAGAGGGUUGAUAUCAGCAUACCCACCCUCCCCCGACUCAGGCAGUCUGACAAGCUGCAGUGUAAAUUCGCCGCCAAGACUUACGAUGCAGUGAUAGACAGCCACAGUCAGGUACAGGUUACCUGCUCGCUGCCUUACCCUGGGGAUAUCCCCGCCACUCCAGAUGAGCAGGAUUAUGUGUCCGUCCCAGUCAAUGUUCUGGUGAACGACAGAAUCGUGGUGGCGUCUGGAGAGUAUCACUUCUACAACUGUGCCGCCACCAUCAGGAAGAACCAAAACUCACCGUGUAUCGCCUGUGUGACCAGCAAGUGGGGCUGUCAGUGGAACGCUCAGGAUCACAGCUGCAGCGACAGCGAUGCUGCUGUUUCUGGUGGCCACGUAGUGAAACCACAAAAGCCGGACAGUUGUCCUCAGUUCGAGUCCCCGGAGCCGUUGUUGAUUCCCGUUGGCUUUGAAAUCCCCAUCAGCUUUGAGGGAAGAAACCUGGACAACAUGGGUCAGAGGUUUACCAUCGGGACAGAGCUGAUGAAGUCCACAGAGAAGACGGUCAUACAGGAGCAGGGAUCAAAGUUCAAGUUCACAGGCUAUGAGUUUUCGUAUGACAAGCAGCAGGAGGUGAACGUUUCCUUCCAUAUCAAAGACAGAGACACUGAGAGGAAGAUUGACAGCACCCUGACAGUCGUGCUGUACAACUGCUCAGUGGGAAGAGAAGACUGCAGUCUGUGUAAACAUGCCGACAACAAGUACCAGUGUGUGUGGUGCGCAGCCUCACGCUCCUGUGUUUACCGCGAGCUCUGCCUGUCACCGCAGCCCGCUCAGUGCCCCAACCCGGAAAUCACCGAUAUCAUCCCUCGAUACGGCCCGCUGAACGGCCGCAUCUCCGUGACGAUCAAAGGCUCCAACAUGGGAAUCAAGAAGGAGGACAUCAAGAAGAUCACCGUGGCCGGAGUGGACUGUGUCCACCAGGAGGACAGAUACUCCGUCUCCACCAGUGUGGUGUGUGAGAUCGGCCCAGCGAGGCGAGCCCCGCCGUCCGACAUCCCGGUUGAACCGACCCACAGCGGAGCGGUGGAGAUAGAAGUUGAGGGAGGGAGGACGGGAAAAUCUCAGGUCAUCUUCACCUAUCGGGACCCUCAGCUGAUCUCCGUCGAGCCGUCGAGGGGUCCUGCAGCCGGAGGAACCGUGAUCACCAUCAAUGGAAAGAGGCUGGACACCGCAACCAAAGACGACGUCUCCGUCUCAGUGGGAGUAGUUCCCUGUGAAGUCCUGUCGUUCGGUGAAGUGAUCACCUGUAAGACGGGGAAGGUGGGGAAGGUUCCCACCGAGUCGUUCACAGUGACGGUUAGAUACGGGAAAAACACGACGAAGAACCUCCCCGACCAGUUCCAGUACUCUGAAAACCCCAAAAUCUUUGACUACUCCCCCAAAGACAGCUUCGUGUGUGGCGGUCGAAAGAUCGUGGUGACGGGAAGCGGUUUCGACCUGAUCCAGAGAGCGACCAUGAAAGUCCUGCGCUUUGACGACUUCCUGCUCAUGACCUCUCCUGUGGAGUUCGCCGCGAACGCCACCGGUAAGAACGACACCUUCCUCCAGUUCCUCUCUCCCCCCGUGGACUGGAGUAAGGACAGCCAGUCCCUGAGGACGCUGCUCCACCUGGACAACGUGGAGGAGGAGCUGAAGCACUUCAACUACCACCCGAACCCGUCCUUCAACAAUCUCACCAAGAACAUCAUCACUGAGACCAGCGUCAUCAUCGUCACCGGUCGAGGUUUCUCCAAGGCCAUGACAGCCAAAGAGGCGCAGGCGUUUGUCGGGGACGCAUCGUGUCACGUUAACAUCCUGCAGGAUGAUAAGUUGAUCCUGGAGGCUCCUUCAACUCAGCCCAAAGCCAAAACCAAACCCAAAACCAAACGCCAGCGCAGAGACACGGCCAACGAACCGCUGGAGCUGGUGGUUCAGUUUGGUAACGGCGAGUGGAUCGUGGGCUCGGUGUACUACGCCACCAAAGACGAUAUCCCUCUGGCUAUAAUCAUCCCCGCGGUGAUCGUACCCAUGCUGCUCUUCAUCGCCAUCUCCGUCUACUGCUACAGGAGGAAGAGUCAGCAGGCAGAGCGAGAGUACGAGAAGGUGAAACACCAGCUGGAGAAUCUGGAGGAGAGCGUCCGAGAUCGCUGCAAGAAAGAGUUCACAGAUCUGAUGAUAGAAAUGGAGGACCACACCAGCGACGUGAGCGAGGCCCGGAUCCCCUUCCUGGACUAUAAAACCUACACCGACAGAAACUUCUUCCUGCCCUCGAAGGACGGCGCCAACGACGGCAUGAUAACCAGAAAACUACAAAUCCCAGAAGCCCGCAAGGCCAUCGUGGCCCAGGCGCUUAACCAGUUCUCCAACCUGCUGAACAGUAAAACUUUCCUCAUCAAUUUCAUCCGCACGUUGGAGAGCCGUCCAGACUUCAACGCCCGGGCUCGUGGUUAUUUCGCCUCCCUCCUGACGGUGGCGCUGCACGGCAAACUGGAGUAUUACACGGACAUCAUGAGGACGCUGCUGCUGGAGCUGAUGGACGAGCACGUGCAGAACAAGAACCCCAAACUCAUGCUGAGGAGGUCGGAGACGGUGGUGGAGAGGAUGCUCUGUAAUUGGAUGUCCAUCUGUCUCUAUCAGUUCCUCCGGGACACAGCAGGAGAGCCUUUGUACAAACUCUUUAAGGCCUUGAAGCAUCAGGUGGAGAAAGGUCCGGUCGACGCCAAGAUGAAGAAAGCCAAAUACACUCUGAACGACACGGGGCUGCUGGGAGACGACGUGGAGUACUCUGUGCUGACUCUGCAGGUGUUGGUGCACGGAGAGGGACCAGAUGUGACCCCGGUGAAGGUGCUGAACUGUGACUCCAUCACACAGGUGAAAGAGAAGAUCAUCGAUCAGGUGUACAGAAAUCUGCCGUACUCACAGAGACCAAAGGUGGAGAGUGUUGCACUGGAAUGGCGUCCUGGCUCCACUGGUCAGAUCCUGUCCGACCUCGACCUGACGUCGCAGAAAGAAGGACGCUGGAAGAAACUGAACACUCUGGCUCAUUACAACGUCCGGGAUAACGCCACGCUGGUUCUGUCCAGAGUUUUGCACACGCAGUCCUUCCACCAGCACCAAGACAGCUACGAAGAGAAAAACGCUCUGCUGGAGGACGAUAACACCUUCCACCUGGUGAGGCCGACGGACGACAUCGACGAGGUGAAGUCGAAGCGAGGCAGCAUGAAGGACAAGGCGAUGACCAAAGCCAUCACGGAGAUCUACCUGACCAGACUGCUCUCUGUCAAGGGAACGUUGCAGCAGUUUGUGGACGAUUUCUUCCGCAGCGUGUUGUGUUCGGGCUCCGUCGUUCCUCCCGCCGUCAAAUACUUCUUUGACUUCUUGGACGAACAGGCGUUGAGACACGACAACGUGGACGAGGAGACGCUGCACAUCUGGAAGACCAACAGCUUGCCUUUGCGGUAUUGGGUAAACAUCCUGAGGAACCCUGACUUUAUCUUCGACGUGCACGUAACGGAGGUGGUGGACGCUUCGCUGCACGUCAUCUCUCAGACCUUCAUGGACGCCUGCACCAAGACGGAGCACAAACUCAGCAGAGAGUCUCCCAGCAACAAGCUGCUCUAUGCAAAAGAGAUUUCAACGUAUAAGAAGAUGGUGGACGAUUAUUACAAGGGCAUCCGACAAAUGGUUCCAGUAAGUGACCAGGACAUGAACACACACCUUGCUGAGGUGUCCAGGCAACACACAGAGAAGUUGAACACCCAGGUGGCCUUACAUCAGCUGUACCAGUACGCCAGCAAGUACUACGAUGUGAUCAUCCAGUCGCUGGACGAUGACCCAGCAGCCCAGAAUAAACAGCUCACCCUGCGCCUGCAACAGAUCGCCGCCGCCCUGGAGAACAAGGUCACUGACCUUUGACCUCUGACAUCAUGGAGGGGUCAGGGGGGAGGAGCUUUCGGCUACUGAAACACAGGAUGUUGUUUUCCAUUCAAAGACUCAGAGGAGGAAGAGCUCAUGGACUCUGCUGAAAGUUUGACGAUGUAGGGAUGUAAGUGGGAGGAGCUAGCGGAGCCACAGGAAACUGUUGACCAUAUAAGGACUGCAGGGGGAGGAGUUUUGGAACUUGAAGAAAUGAAGUGUUAAAAUAUACUUAGCGUGGUGGAAGCGCUUGUAUGGCUUACAUCCACUUUGCAUCCCAAAACAAAUACCGAGGAGGGAUGCAAAAUGGCGACCAUUAAAUGGCUGCAAAUGGGAGCUCUGUGAAAACAAAGGGUUAUUUUUUAAUCUAAGCUCGGGCUUUAGGUUUGUCAAAUCCUCGUCCCUAGCUGUUUCUGUGUUUGGCCUCUGUAUACUGCAAAUUUUAAGUUUAAAGAUCCAAGGACUGAAGAAAAAAAGGGCCACACAAGAAAUGAAGAUUUUUGGAUAGUUGAAGAGUAUACGUGAAGUAAUGAGACGUUCCUAAAUGUUUUUCUUUUUGUCACUCAAAAUCUUUCUGGAAGUCCAAAUUGGAGGUACAGCUUCUCCAGGACGCUUUGUGACCACUUCUUCCACAUUGUGUUACAGCAAAGUCUAUGAACUAAUAACGUACGCUAAUUUGCCUCAUCUGAGGUCAGUGUUUCUCUAGAAUAUCGGAUCUUUUGAGAACAAGUAGAGAAUGCAGAGAAUCCCACAGCAUAGAAAUGGUUGGAUGUAAUUUGAUCUCCAAUAAUCGACCAAUGAUAACCCACUAUACGGUACACGCCACUGGCCCAUCAGGGGGCCUGGUUUAUCAUGACGGCACAACUAAGAAGAGUGAAUUCAGGGUACGGAGUCUACAAAUCAUGGCCAAAUGUUGUUUUUCAUAUCAGAUUGUCUUUCUACGCUGAUGACACUGUGUAGUUUGUUUAGUAUUAUUCGCUAUGUGCAGGCUUUACGCCAAGGCUUUGCAUUUAAAAUCACAACAUGAAAUUCAGCUUUUUAUUGGACUGAUACAGUGCCACUUAGUUUUUUUUAUUUCUGUAAAGUGUUGAUCAGGGUUGUCCAUGAUGUCAUAUCCUGUGUGUGUGUGUGAGUGUGUGUUAAUGAUGCAGUUUAAUUACCAGCUUGUUUUUACUUGGCGGCCUACUAUCACAAGGUCUGCAGACACUAAGUGUUUUAGUUUUUGGUUUUAUAACCGGUAUGAUUUUUAAUUCUUUAGCAGUCAUAAAACACAUAUUUCACUAUCUUCAUGAGGUCUGUUUUAUCACAUAGUAGCGGGUUUAUUUCUGGCUUUGCUAUGAAGCUGCGCAAACCCUGUCGAAGAAAUCGACGCGAGGGAAAACUUGUGAAUCGAAGUCCUGCAACAGUCUUUGGGUUUAAGUGCCGUUACACCACUGAAGUGUAAUUUCUUUCCUCCUAUGCGACGUAUUAAUCAUUGUCACCAUAAAAUAAUCAUAUAUUUACGUUAUUCUUUGCCUUCUGAGCCCAGACGACGUGCUUUAUGUAGAGCUUGAGUUGAUAUCAAAGAUUAGAUAUACUCUUUGUGAGUUGGAGGAUUAACUCUCCUGGCCUUCUGGGAAUGGGAGAUUUCUGCUGCAGAAGUUUCUUUUUUGUUUGUCUGUUAAAAGAUUUAUCGAUUCCUUCAAGUCUCACAAACUGCAUCUUUAAAUUCUGAAGCAAUAUGUCUUUAAAGGCCGGUGCUGUAUCUUUGUACUUAUUGAACUUGUGAUGGUGCACCGCAAGGUUCUGACCAGAAUUUGGUACCACUAAAUCUCCAGAUACAAAGACUGAAAUAAACACAUCAUGAGCUGUUUUCAUUUGUUUUUUUUCUAAGCCUUUUUUUUUUUUUUUUUUGGCAUCUCUGUCGUAAAAUUUGUUCUGAAAGCCACUUUAGUGCCAAAUAAUGAGUUUUAUGUUUGAAGAGUUCAGAGAUAAGAUGAACAGUUUAUUAGUAUAUUAAAACACCUGGUGGUACUUUUAUUCAAGAAUGGUUGGAUUUUUUUUUUUUUUUUUGAGGUUCUGAUGCUCAUAAAUCAGAAGAUGCUUUGCUUGCAUUCACCAGCUUUCAAAGCAAACUGCUGAAUCUGCUUUCGAUGUUUGGACCUUCAAAUGGAAGAAUUAUUGUCAUAUUGUGUUUCUGAUGCAAAGCUCAAGUUUCUACUUACUCUACUCACUCAUCUGUACAAUAUGAUGCAUUCGAUUCAAAUGGCUCUAUCUCCAGUGUGUCUCCAACACUAGCUUCUUUCUGCCUUCUUUUUGCCACCAUCGCAGUGCCUUAAAGAGUAGAACUGAAAGUACUGUAGUCUGGAAAGCAUCAAACCAAAAAAUAGUGAUAAUAAUUAUAAACAAAUUAUAGAUGAGUUGCUGCAUGGUUGUGGUUUCUAAACUGGAAGGUCAUAAUGGAAAACAAAAGUCAAUGUCACAAAGUUUUUAUAGAAAGUAAAGUCAGUACUGUUCAAUAUUUUUACAGGUUACAAAACAUAAAUUUCCCCGUAGCCGUGCAACGAUCAACAUGGAUCAGCUAGCAGACACAACGAUUAAGCUAACUUUCAUUUAGCAAUCAACCAACCAUCAAAUUAUUCUUAAUAUAUCAGAUUACAUGUUUAAACCUAAUGGAUUUAAGAGCACAGUACAAUCCUGAGAUCUAGCUCUAUGACCUAGCUAAUUAUAGAGCAAGGUAAUGUUUUGAGUUACAGACGUUAGCAUAAGUUAGCACAAGAGUAAAACUUAUGCUAACGUCUGUAACUCAAAACAUUAGCUUGCUCUGUGUUUUCUCCUUUUCAACAUUUAAAUCCUUCCUUCUAGCAAGCAUUUUUGUUUGGAACUGCUAAAUUCCACAUCGCCAAUGUUGAGAAUUGUAUUUCCAAACCACUGACCUAGCACGCUAACGUACGAAUCGCAGAUGGUGGAAGGUUUUGUUGGGGCACAGAUCUGUCAGAAGUGUUGUUUUAACUGACGCACAGUUACGUUAUCUGUAUAUUUCCCAUUAUCCAGAGAAGUAUAUUAAAUGUUUGGAGAAUCGAACCUGCAUAUGUGAAGUUUAGACGAGCGGUUUUAAAGGUACAAGAAAGUUUAAAUGUGUAAUGAUUGGAUGUCGGAUCAGCAGAGGGAACAACCUUCACUUUAUGUAGAUUUAUUUGUUCGCUGUUUAAGGAUGUGUGUGUUUUGAUGGUGUAUUACUGAAUACAUUUGUUUUAUGAGGCACAAGUACACAACAUGUUUGAGAGGUUUUGACCAACACCACGAGGGUCAGAUGGGACUUUAUACCAUUGUAUAACAGUUUGUACAUCAAAUACAACUUUCCCAUUGUCUACUCUUGUAACAUCGUCGUAGGCAACAAAUGGUUUGAACCGACUGGACCAAAUGUGGACUUUUGACACGGACAAAAAACAGCACUACAAGGAACCAGGAAGCAACUGGUCUGAACUGGACUGGAGCCCAAAUCGGUGACUCUUCUGAGGAAGUAGAGAAGUGGGCAAGACGUCCAGCUCUAGGAAGUCCAAAUAUCCAAUAAAAAGAUGUUUGUAUAAAAAUGAA